ACAUUCUUUGUUCGACAUUUUUAAUUAUAUUCUUUUUCUUUAUUUGAACUAUUUUCAAUUUUUACUUAUACUCAAAUCAGACUUCAAUUCAAAUAAACAUUAAUUAAGUUAAGUUGGCAACAUUUCAGUAGCGUAUUAAAAUUAUUUUGCUUUAACUUUUACGAAUAGUUAAAUGCUCUCAAUAUAGAUCAAUUACAUUGUUGUACAUUUUAUGUUUAUAAAGAUUGUCUAAUGUAAAAAUCACAAUAUCAUUGUAUUAGUACAGGUGUUAGUUCCAAUUUUAGUUAUUUUCCUACUGUCAUUAAAAGAGGUUUUAGGGCGACAGCAUGGCACUCGAUUUUAGUUCCUAUUAAUUUUGAAUUUGUAAAUUUAAAAAUUUGACAGCAGAAUUUUAUGGUAAAUUUAAAAAUUUUAGUAAUAAUAAAAAUAAUAUUUUACUAUUUAUGUAUUUUUUAAUUUUCCUAAGCGGUCUGUAUUCACUGAUAAAUUUUAUUUGUCAUAAAAAAUGCGCGUGCGCCAAGUUUUAAUGUAAAAAAAAAAACUUUGACAACUCCUUAGACAAAAUUAAUAUAAAAACACAAACACUCGAGUUGUUAAAAAUUAAAAAUUUUACUAUCGUUCAAUUAAUAUUACCAAUAAUUAAUUGUGCUACUUAAUUAUUUAAAAUUUAAUUGAGUUUUUGGUUUAAAAAUGGUGAGUGUUAAUAAAGAAAUAGUUGAUGACCUAAGAGAAAAGUAUUUAAAGGUUAGAAAAUUACUUGACGAACCGCGAGAUGAUAAUCCCGAGGGACCUGAUUGUCAAACUAAAAAUAAAGCCGUGAGUAUAUUGAAAGAAAUGCAAAUGAAGCUCGAAAAUUUGAUAAAUAAUUCUGUCGAGCAAGAUAUAAAUAUAAUAGCGAUGCUGUCAAUAGUUUGGUUGAAUAUAGGAAUUAUUUUAAUUGACAACGAGGAAUUGAAAGAUGCCGAAGAUAACUUGAUGCGUUCAAUUGAAAUACUGAAGGGUCAUGAAUUGGAACCUGAGUGUAUUUUGCCUUCUCUCAGUGCUUUCAAUCAGCUGGGAAUUAUUUGGUUUCAAUGGAGUGAGUAUGAAAAGUCUAAAGCGUUUGUUGAAAAAUCCGAAAAAGUUUACCAGGAUUUCAAGAGCAUUGACCCGGCACGUGAACCCCGAGGCAUGUCUGAAUUAUUUGGCAUUGACAACAGCGAAGAACCAGCACCUAAAAAUGUUUUAGAAAAAUUACAUACACUGACUUUGUAUUACAUUGCACAGAUCUACGGUAUUUGUAAAGACCAUCAGCGAGCUGCCUUCUACUGUCACAUGACUCUGCAAAGGCAGCUGGAGCUAGAUGAUCUUGAUUACAUUGAUUGGGCUCUAAACGCAGCGACAUUGUCCCAGUUUUUUAUGGAGCGGAAACACUUUUCACAAGCACGUCAUCAUCUAGCAGCAGCUUCGCAUAUUCUAAAACUAUACGAGAACUCUUUGGUUGAUGAUGUUGGUGAAAAUAGUAAUGAAGAACUUAAAGCCGCUAAAUGGGAACAGUUUCGUCAUCGGAGUGCUGAUGUAGCCAGAUGCUGGGCCAAGUAUGGAAUUUUAUUGAUGAGUAUGUCGCGAGAUCGUUUGAUUGAACUUGCUGACAAUAUUGACGAUGAAAAAGCGCCCAAAGACGACAACAAAGCUGAAGAUUCGGUGGACAUUGAAACGCUCGAGAGCAUGAAGUUCAAGAAACUUGAAGAACCCAUUCAGUCGAUCGCUGAACAAAUAACUGAUCAAUAUUUACUAGACUUUAAUGAUGCUAAGAAAGUGUUUAUUAAUGUUCGGCACUGGCUGGAUGAAGCUAAAAAAUUCUAUGCUUUGGAGACCCAUGCCUCGGAUUACGUCCACAUUAUGCAGGACAUGUCUCAGGCUUACAAAUAUCUGUCAUUUUUCGAGGAGAAUGAAGACCGUCAGGCUAAAAUGCACAAACGAAGAGUGAAUAUACUUGAACAUGUUAUAAAAGAAUUGAAUCCACGUUAUUAUCAGUCUGAAUGCCGGCAGCUUUGGAUUGAACUCGGCGAAACUUAUUCCGCGAUACUGGACAUCAAAUUAGACAAACUACGUAGCUCUGAUGAUCGGCCUACACCGCACGCUUUGACUAAAAUAAAUCAGUUGAGUAGAUCAGCUAUCAAAUAUUACCAAAGUUUUCUAGAUUCACUUAAAGAGUCUGAGUCAUCACCGCCACCUAAAGAAUUUCCCGAGGAAAUGGUUCGUCCUGCAUUGUUCGCUUACUUCCACCUCGGGACUCUCUACAAUAAGUUGAUAACACCCGACAAAAAUGCCCAAAUUGAAAAUAUUAUGAACAGCAUCAACGCCUACAACUUUUUUGUCAACUACUGCAAUACUCACCCACAAGCCGCGGAGUUUAUGAAAACAGAAUUAAAUGUUUGUAAAGAUCUAGCAAAUUUGUUGCCGCUUAAAUUAAAUAAACUCAAGCAAACACUAUCGGCACCAUAAAAACGCUUUUUUUU